UUUUUGCCCUCGGCGUUUGCCAUAGUUGGAGUCGAGAGUAGUGUUGUUGUGAAGGAGGACGCUGGACUGACUGCUGUCCUGCGGAGCGGCAGCUGGUGUUGUGGCAUAAUAUUCAGUGAGGCACCAUGGGCAACACCAGUGACCGAGUGUCUGCAGAUCGCCAUGGAGGGAAGGCCCAACGCUUCGACAGCAGUGGGAGUCACAAGGACCAAGAAUCCAGCAGCAAGAUGGUGGACAGCACAGAUGACCCCAACAUCUUCAAUACCCAUGGACCUGAGUCCAAUGUCUCAGGGGACAAAGAGUUCACCCCUGACAUGGACGAUCUGGUUAAAACUGGUCCUCAGGCUCGACCCACAGUGAUCCGCUGGGCUGGAGGGGGAAAAGAAGUUUACAUAGCCGGUUCCUUCAAUAACUGGAACACAAAGAUACCGCUAAAUAAGAGCCAUAAUGACUUUGUAGCCAUUCUGGACCUGCCUGAAGGAGAGCACCAGUACAAGUUUUUCGUGGAUGGACAGUGGGUACAUGAUCCCUCAGAGCCGGUGGUAACGAGCCAGCUGGGCACCAUCAACAACCUGAUCAUAGUGAAGAAGUCUGACUUCGAGGUGUUUGACGCUCUGCAGGUCGACUCUCUGGAGUGCUCCGACACAUCAGACCUGUCCAGCUCUCCUCCGGGUCCUUACGGUCAGGAGCAGUACAUCUUCAGACCCGAAGAGCACCUCAAAGCCCCGCCCAUUCUCCCACCGCACCUGCUUCAAGUUAUCCUUAACAAGGACACCAACGUUUCAUGUGAUCCUGCUCUGCUGCCUGAGCCCAACCACGUGAUGCUAAACCACCUUUAUGCUCUUUCAAUAAAGGAUGGAGUCAUGGUCCUGAGUGCUACUCACAGAUAUAAAAAGAAAUACGUCACGUCUCUGCUUUACAAGCCCAUCUAAGCCUCCGCUCAGCAGCUCUGCUGCGCUCCUAAAGAGAAGCAUGUUUGUAUUCUGCGGUUUUAUUGUGUCUUUAUAGCCAACGAAUGUGAUCUCAUUCAGCCAAAUGUUGCACUGAAACAGGUUUACAGGUGAGCUGAACUCAAACGGCUGCAGGUAAGGGUGCUUUGUGCUCCCGGGUCAGGUUCAGGGAGAGAUAAGACCCGUGCUGUGGCUUUUACUGAUAACGACUACAAACACACGAGACUGUCUAAACCACUGUGUGCUGUGAUUAUUUUCAAGUUAGUGUAAAAAAAAAAKAAUUUGGUGCAUGUUGUUGUGUAAACCUGUUAUCUGUCAGGUAAAAGACCUGAAUAAGAAGUUUUCAUAGGAUUUUGAAUGAUACUGUGUUUCACUUUUAAAAAUGUUUAGAUGAAAGAUGGAGCGAUUGCUCGCCAUGUGAGCAGAAUCAGCCAAAAAUGUAACUUAAAAAAAUGUUUUUGUGUCUCGCUUGAUCAGCCAGCAGCGAAUCAUGCACUCUGAUUUUUUUAUUUUCUAGGGAAUGCAUCAUUUUAAAACACCUACUACUGCACAGAAACCCAAAGUUAGCACCUUGUAAAGCGUGUUUGUUUUAAAAGACAAACAAGAAAGAAAGUCAGGUGAAGUUUAGACAUGAAUAAAUUUGUUGAUAACCUACAAUAAUCAGAAAGCUCCAGUUGUGUCUCAGUCCCAGAAACUUUGGGACCUCUCAGUAUUCAUUUUAUUAAAUUCCAGUCUGGCCUUUUUUGUGUUGUUCUGCUAAAAGUGGAGCGGAUGGUGUGAUCAGAAAAAUGACACACUUGGAGUUUAGAUUGCAAAACUUUGGAUGGUUUUUCUUGGCUCUAUUUCUUCCAUCCACACAAUUGCUCUUUCAAACCUGGGGCUGCAUUGUCCUCUUGCAUCCACAUCCUAUGUUGGCUCCAAUCCUAUGAAACCUGCACCUUUUGGCAGCUGUGGUCACAAGAACAAGAAGCCGCUUUUAGAUAUUCGAGCCUUUUUCUUUAACAAAUUUCUUUAAUCAUCAUCAUGAGCUCCUCAGCUCCUAUCUUUUCUCUGCUCCAUGUUCGGUGUGGUGCACACAUACCAAACUACYCUGUAGCUGUUUGUAUCCUUUAAACCGGCUGAAUGUCUGUGAUGCUAAUUAAAUUCAAAAGUUGAUUUUGAAACAUGACUAAUGUGAGGAUUAACACUUGCUUUAGAAGUCCAAAGAACUAUACCCACAAACAUACUAAAGAUACGCUGAUUAGACAGUUGUUUUUAACUAAAUCAUGUUUCACAAGAAACAAAGUGUUUCAGUGAGCUGAAGGGGUACCAACAAAACUGAAGCUACUAAAGUCAAAUAAAAUAUUGACUUGAUAGUUUGUAAUUGUAUGGCCCCUGCUGUUUUGUUAUUGACCGCUACCUUAAAUUGUUGUAGAAAGCUUUUGAUUAUUUUUUUAUAGAAAAUUUUAAUGAUCAGUUUGGCAAAUCAAAUAUUUAUUCUAUGUUUUUUUAAGGUAAACUUGCUGUUCUUGUAGAAAAAUUUAGAUCAGAAGGUCAGAAAUUUUCAAAAACCUAAUUGGUGUCGAACUGUAACUUGUGCAUCUUUUGUCGUCAUGUUUUUCUGGCAUAUUAUUAAUGAAUGACUGUUAACCUGUAGCAACAAACUGAACUGUUUAACUUUAAGUGCAAUAUUGUGGCGUUGAUUAAAAAAAAAGGAAGUUCUGUAUCAAAAUGUUGCCACGUGUAGAGUCACAUGUCCUGCUUUGUGAACAUUAUGUUCAUCGGCGAGAGUUUGACCUGUUUCAUAAACUGAACUGAAAACAUCCAGAUGAGGAAUGUUGGAGGAACAUGUGUUCGGUUUCUGUCGUUGGCCUUGUUUUUUUAUUUUUUCCCCUCCCGACAUAAAUUUGAGCAUUUUUCUCCCUCCUGGAAGUGGACGUGAUGAUUGAAGUGUUUAACUUUGCAGCAGCUCCUGUUCUGCAGCGUCUCAGGUUCUAUUUAAAUUUGACGAUUUGUUUUCAGUUGGGUUUAUCAAACAUGAAUGUACUGUAUGUGUGUGACGGUUAAAGGCAGACAUGUCACCGUUUCUCUGAGCUGCUUCUAAUGUCUGCAGCCUGCUAGUGAUCCUCAGAGGGCUAUGAGAAUAAAAUGUUACCAUGAAUUUAAAUGUACAGUUUGUUCACUUCGGUGUUCAUAAAAAUGUAAUAUUUUUUUCAUUCAAAAAAAAUUUUUUUUUGCUGUAUUAUGUUUUCUGCAUGAAACUGGUCAAAGCUGAUUCUCUGCAGGUGUGUAAAAAGAGGCUUGCAUACACCCUGUUGGUCUGAAAACGUUUCCUUACCGUUGAGACUCUGUAAUGUUUCGUCCUAAAAUAAGUAUAAGAUUUUAGGAGUUGUGACAAAAAGAGGAGUAACGAGAAGUGCCAUGCCGUUUUAAAGCUAAAACCAAAACUUGAAAUUUGCAGCCAUGUUUAAAAAUGCUUUGCAGAACCCAGUGUGAGGAUCCACUGCACAAAGUUUAACUUGUUUGCAAAUAAAGACAGAAAAUACUGGUCCUAAUACCA